AUGGCACCCGUUCCCCUCAUCGUAGACACAGAUCCAGGAAUCGAUGACAUCUUGGCCAUCGUUCUGGCUUUGGAUAGACCUGAUUUGGUUCAGUUAAAAGCAAUCACUUUGACGUUUGGAAAUACAACAUUGGAUCAUUGUCGCAACAAUAUGCUUCAGCUGUUUGAUAUUUUACAGAAACACAUCGCAGAAGAUCCAUCAGAAGCACAUCGGGCGAAAUUGGCUAAAACACUUGCAUCUUCUCCUAUCACAUUAAGUCAAGGCGCUACAGGACCAUUGGGCGGUCAGAGAUUCACUGCAUCUUACUUCCAUGGACGCGAUGGCGUUUCAGGCAUCUCCACCCUUCCCGGAAAUCCUUGGCCUCUUCCAAAAAAAGUUCCCGAACCAUUGCAAGAAACAGAAAAGGCAGCACACGAUGUCAUCUUGGACACAAUUCGCAGCAAUCCUCCAGGCACAGUCAGAAUUGCUGCUGUUGGUCCAUUGACCAAUAUUGCUUUGGCAUGGCAAAAGGAUCCCGAAACGUUUUCAAAAGUUGGUGGAAUCAGCGUGAUGGGAGCUGCUCUAGACGUUCCAGGAAAUACGACACCUUGUGCUGAAUUCAACACGUUUGCCGAUCCGUUUGCAGUACGGGAGCUCUUGCACAAUGCUCCUUUACACCCUGUUCUACGCAAACAAAACAAAAGAUUGCCGGUCGAUCUCUUGCCGCUUGAUAUCACCACUGAGCAUCUUGUUCCGUUUGAGAGAUUAUGUGGGGAUAAAAUAGAGAAGAAAGGAAUUUUACAAAAGUACCUUGCUGCUAUACUUGUCAGCCCUCGCAAGAACAUGAAUUCGUACGCUGACCCGGACAAACCAUUUGACCCUUCCGUCAACGAUCUCUUCCAAUCUCACGAUCCAUUGGCUGUCGGACAUGCCAUGUUCUGCCCAAGUCCAGUGCAAAGACUGGGUCAAUUGCCAGAUAAUGAGAGUUUGAUCAACCAAGCCUAUGAAGGCUGGCAAAUGAAGACUCGCGAGUUUGGUGUUGAAACUGAUGGGGCCUUGACAAGAGGAUACUGUGUUGUAGAGUGA